UCUGAAGAUUCAUUUCAAUUUGUCUAUUUUGCAACGGGCUCAUCAACAUCAAUGACACCAGAAUGAAUCGCGAUUUUGUUGGUAUUAUUAUUUUAUGCAUUUUUAACGUAUUAUUUUAGAUACGGUGUAGAACACGCCGUGUAAAUUGAUCCGCGUGACUGUAAUUCCUGCGUAUUUGGACGAGUUGAAUACCUACACUAGGGUAUAACCUCUGAAAGAUGUAGAGUAAUUAGCCCGAGAAGCUUACUUAACCUCAUUUGCUCUCCUUCAUAUAAUUAUUGGCCUGAGGGCAACAGUGAUACUUCAUCCUUACAAAAACAAUGUUUAUUAAGAACAGUCUAAGAUAUGUUAUGAAUAAUUCCAUUCAUUAAUUUUCCCACAUCUCCGUUUGCGGAAAACAGAAUGAUUAAUUUAGGAGUCUCACAAGAAUUUCCUCAUGCUUGCCAGUUGAUUGCGGUGUUUAGUGUUUAUUUAUUGGCUGUGUCCCAGGAAAUGAAGUUGCAGACGAUAUCUACGCCUCAAAAUCUUAAACAAACAUCCUUUUUUUUACUUGAAUAAGUAAUCCUUAAAUCAAAAGCAACGAAGCAUCUGAUAUUGUUAAUACGUUUGAUAUCUGUUUGGCAGCUUCGUCGAGUACAUCAAUGUUUACUAAACAAAGCCAACCUGGGAAACGAGUCAAAUUUAUUCUGUACUAAAGAAUUUGUCAUAGUUUUUUAAGUUGUAGCUCACACAGCAAUGUGAACUUUCGUGGGGUGCACGAAAAUGCUGCCUCUGGCGUCGGAAAACGGACUGUGCCCUCCUACCGAUGCGAGGAGCGCAGCGCAGUUGCCAGAGUUUUAAAGGCUUUUGAUUAAUUGCACCGGAGUGAAACACUUGUCAGCUCCUUGUGUUGUCCAAUAAAUUAGAGGCUCUGGAGACUUCACGCGCUCAUUCAGGUGAGGACCCUGCGUGCGCGCGGACACACAGACUAUUUUUCACGGUCACACCGACUAUAUGUUUUUGCAUCGGCACAGGGAUUAUUAUUUCACUACUGUGGUUUUGCCAAGCAGUGCAACGGAUCUCUUAUAAGGAAACAAGUUUUCAUCCAUUGACGUGGUGUUUUCCGGACAGCACUUUAAAGAUAAAAUAGGCUGCCAAGUAGUUUCAAUGGUUGGAAAGCAGGCGAUCCGUAUGGAUGGUAAUGGUUCUGUGACAGUUAUGGAUGAGAGUCCCGCAUCCAGUCCCAACUCAAGCCCUAGUCCUGACACUCUAUCCGCGGACAGCCAGCGCGCAGAGGCCCUGUCUCGCUCCGGGGUGGUCCAGUCCGGUGUCCUCGGGAGCAGAGGGCGACCCGCAGCAGCCAACGCGGCGCGCGAAAGGACUCGCGUGCAGACCCUCAGACACGCGUUCCUCGAGCUCCAGAGAACAUUGCCGUCUGUACCACCGGACACCAAACUGUCCAAACUUGACGUCUUGAUAUUGGCAACCACAUACAUUGCGCAUUUAACGAGAACCUUGCAAGAGGAAGGGAUGGAAGAGGGAGACAACACAAAACAAAAUGAAGCUUUGAACUCUCUUAAAGGCGAUGGAUACUUACAUCCUGUGAAAAAAUGGCCAAUGCGUUCAAGAUUAUAUGUCGGCGCAACUGGCCAGUUCCUGCGUAACUCAAAAGAAAAUCAAGGGGCAUCUUCAUCAUCAUCACAAACAUAAAUAUUUGCACUUAAAAAAAAAAAAUUGUGGUAAUAACUGAAAUGAAGGUUAAACUUGUACUCUUUGGACUUUCGGAGAACCACACGACAGGAAUUUUGUUGUAUAGGCUAACUGGUUCCGUUCAAUGAAACAAGACAACGCUGAAGGGGUUUGGAAAUAAUUCUUCAUAUUAAAAGGAGAAAGCUUUGAAGGAUGGCAGUGAACGGUGCCAUUCAGACAAACGGAAUUCCAUAUUUAUAUAUCCUAAUUAUUUCAAAUGUGUAAAUAAGAAUAAAAUAUUAAACGUGCGUUUUGUAAUUAAAGUUAAAACUAGUUCUCUUGCUGUUUAGACUGCAGUUCUGUGCUUGUUGGUUAUAUGCCUAAAUUCCUUGUGUUAAUGAGCUGUCAUGCUUGAACUUUUGUAGCUAUGCACUUUCUGUUACAACAUUUGCACUAAAUGCAUGUGUGAAUAACUUACCAUUCGUCAUGUGAAGUGGUCUGUCAGAAUCGCAACAAAAUAUCAC